AUGGUGUUUGCUGUGGUUAUUUUAUUUGUCUGUCUGGCAUAUGGGAACUCAGUCAGGUUUCAGGACACUGAUAUUCACUCUGAAGACUUAUCAAAAACGGUCAAGGACUAUUUUCUUUGCCGGCACUGUGGCACAGAUAUUUCACCAUUAUCAUCACUUAUAUCAAUUGACAGUCCAGCUGCUUCAGAUAGCCGUGUAUCUCCAUUAUUUGGUUUAAAAGAUGUCAAAGUCCAAACUGUAAAGAACUCAUUGCACUCACAAUUUGAAAUUCUUACACUAUCUAAAACUUUGUGUGUUGGAAAAGGCAAUUGGCAGACUGAAGAUUCAUGGUUUCCUGGUUACGUUUGGAAAGUUUGUGUAUGUGCUAAAUGUGGACGUCAUAUUGGAUGGAUGUUUGAACCUUUACAUUUGGCUACUAGUGAUAAAAUAUACCCAUCAAAAGAAGGGUUUUAUGUUGUCAUCAUCUCAAGUAUUAUUAACGAACUACAUGCUGACUCGUUGAUUGUGGUGCCAAAACAUUUUUCUACAAUAGAAGAUAUCUCAGAUUAA